AUGAACAGCGCUGGGCGCCACCAAUGCCUCACUGACAGCUCUGACCCAUUCCCCUUCCCAGGCGCUCUCCCUGCCCCCGCCCUCUAUCUGAACCAGACGUCUGCCCGGCCAGGGGACUCCGUGCGGCUCAAGUGCUCCAUGUUGUCCCAGCACCUGGCCACCCGUGUCGUCUUCUGCAAAGGCAGGGAGGAGGUUUCGUCCCAGCGGGGUUCAGGGCGGAAGUACACCUACGUCUAUGACCAUGUGCUGUCUGGAGUCAGCUCUGGGAAUUACACCUGUGGGUAUGAGAUCAAGGACAGUGACAACCGGGUGACCAGAUCCCAGCUCAGCCCUGCCCAGCGCCUAAGCGUCACCGGUGAUGACUCCAGCAGCGGUGGUGUUGGGGAUCCCUCCCACCCAGAAGGGCCGGGUCUGAAGCUCCUGUUGGGAAUUACAAUCCCUUCUGUCUUGGUUCUGGCUGUCGUGGUUUAUCUGCUGGGAAAGAAAGUUGUGUCUCUACCAAGGGAUCAAAGGGAACGAGUCCAAUGUGACACCAGCAACACUCCCGAAGAUCAUAUUGAAUAUGCCUCGGUGAAUUGGCUGGGAAGCUCCAGGCAUCCAUCACCCCUGAGAGAAGAGACACCGACAUAUGCGACCAUCGCUCUGCAGCGGGACAGAUGUCAUUAAUGCUCCACUUGCUGAAAUGCAGGACUCGUCAGUGCGCAGCUGCAUCACAGUACCUCCAGGAGGGGCCGUGCAGCAAGGAAGUGGGGAACCUUCUCUGGGACCACAGCUGGACAAUGAAC